AUGGAAAUGUACAGGCCCGCACACGCCCAUGCGCGCAGGAGCCAUCUAACGAAAUUAUACGACGACACGAAGAAAAGUGCCUUGACGAGCAUCAAUGUCUACAACAGGACUAUCGAGCUCUUCCCGGACCUCCAGCGCAAAUUCCGGAUCCAGAAGGACCGGCUGAUGACAUGGGGUCUGACCUGGAGCGAUGACGAGAGAGAGGGCGAUGUGAACAUUGACGAUGCUGUCGCCAGGGCAGGGCUCACCGAGACUGUUGACAGUGUCCUACGUAACAUCAAGGAAGUCACCGAGGAGGCAGAGAGGCUUGCUAAUGCGCCUCGUGGACUUGGUCUCGGUGGCGAGAAAGCGCCUGUGCCAAGUAACGAGCCCUUCGAUCGAACACGAUAUGAGGACUUGAUUCGGGAUCUGACCACUUCCAUCGACAUCCUCUACGAGCUUUCACGAUCACGAAAAGCUCUUGCUCGCGGCGAGCACCCGGUGUUUGAGCCAAGUGCGGCACGUCAGGAUAUCCGCGAGAAGGCACCGUCAAUACAUAAAAGUCUUGCACGAAAGCCGAGCUUCGCAUCGUCUGAGCUUACUUUAGUCAACCCGCCGCCAUUUCACCGACCUUCGCUAUCACCAUAUGCUGGUCUACCACCAAGUAUCGAGAUUUCUGCUCUUCGUUUGCCCGAAGAAGGACCUCCUCCAUAUGAUAGCUUGGGAGUGCCUGUGACGACUAGACAGAGCGCACGCCUCAUUCGCCGUAGGGCGUCGGCUAGUGUGCAGGACCGACUCGGCAGUGGCGCGGAAGAGGUAGCUGUCCUGGUGGAGUAUGCCGAAUUCGACUCUGUCUACCGCGACACCCAUGUACCACCACCGCUGCAACGACUUGAGGCUCUUGCUGGUUACCUGCAACCCAUGCGAGCAGACUCUCAGACAAAUUUGAGUCUGCUGGGCUACUUCGAGGACCCCCGACAGCCACGUAUUGGCCUCGUCUACGAUGUACCCUAUGCGAUUCAGAACAGACUCCAAGCCACCAUCGAGCACGCUGAGCAGAGCUGGACACCCACAAGUUUGCGUAAGCUUGUACAAAAGUCGACCAAAGCACAAGCACCAGCUGGCGAACAAGCUGUGCCGGCACUGGAGGAUCGCUUUCGGCUGGCAUUGCGACUUACCGAGCAGCUUCAUGAGCUACACAGCUGCGCAAUCGCUCAUGGUAAUAUCAACAGCAGCAGCAUCCUGUUCACUGUAGCUUCGCAAGAACGACCCGCCCGACAAUUGAGGUCACCGCUAUGGGCGUCGUUCGACCUGUUCUCCAAAUGUAACCUUGAGGGUAGUGGGCAAGCUAGUAAUCUCAACGUCUAUAGGCACCCGGAUGAUGUUCCACACCAGACCGGCAGAAGUCUUGGUGACGACUUCAAGUACGACUUCUACAGUCUGGCACUUGUAUUGCUCGAAGUAGGCCUCUGGACGUCCGUCGGUGAAGUCUACAAGCCGAGAUACACCUUGGCAGACUUCAAGCUUAGGCUAGAAAAGAUCUGGAUUCCGAAGUUGGCGCAGAAGUGUGGAACAGUGUACAUGCGUGCAGUAGAGGCAUGCUUCCGUAUGGCUGAUAGCACCGAAGCGUCUGGGCUCACAGUGGAUGGCAACUACGAGCCGAUACUGGCACGACUACGAAAAUGCUGCUUGUUAGAUGACAUCGAAGGACCAACAGAGCCGCCAUCGCGUACUGCCUCCAUCACCACGACUGCCUCGUCCUCAUACAGCAACAAGAUCUCACGCAAGCCUGUCGCGGGAUCUUUCAUCGCCAGUCCGAUCUCGCGCCAGCAGUCAGAACCUCAAGAGCUGCUGCACACGCAGUCCUAUAGCAGCUCACCCGUAACAGCACCCCAUCGUCUUGCAUCGCUGCCAAACCUGUCAGCUGCAACCGCACCGGCUCAGUACGGAAGACUUGGAGCACCAACGACGCCGCAGCUCAGGCGUCAACCCUCCACACGAAGCAAUGCGUCUGCUCGUUCAGGUAUGUCGCAGAUGCGACAGCAGAUCACCGACCAAUUUACGAGCACUCCUUCGUUCAAGGAGUACAAGAGAAGAGUGACGUUCAUACAACAGAGAUGGAGAGAGCGCAUGGUCCUAUGCCAAGAGCAACAUGCAGCAAGACGUGCGAGGUCGAAUAAUCCGUACUCGCUGAAUGCUACGAUCAGAGAUGUGGUCGAGCCAGAGCUCACGAGAGCCGUCAGGCCAAUGAGACGCACGUUCAGCAACUUGAGUGUGCCGAAGGAGGUCGUGCAAUACUGGGAGCAAGACGCCGCACCACGCUUAGCAAAGCUCUGCGACAAGGCAUUGAAAGGCUCCAAGGAGUCUGCAAGCAUCUGCGUUGCCAUGUAUGGAGAGACGCUGGAGACCGCCAAGCCAACCUUUUUAAUCACAUGCAAGUCGACUGCGAAGAUGAAGCAAACUUUGCAGAAGUACUUCAAGCACGACUCCAAUCUCUGCUGUGUGAGGGUCAAGAAGACAGGACCUGGUGACGAGAUCACUUAUAGCCGACGAGCAAGAGUGCAUGGGGACUCUGCUGCACGCCGGUCGAUGGCUUUGGCUGGUCAGCAUGACAAGGCGAUGAACCCCGAUUACCAAGAGCGACCACUGUGUGGUGCUUCGAUUGGUGCAUAUCGUGAUGAUGAACACCUACCACCUGUCUCCUUUGGUGGCGUGAUACUGCUUGACGAUACAGCUUACGGCAUGAGCGUGCAUCAUAUGCUCGAGCAUCCGGACAACGCUGAAGAGGAAGAUGACGAGGAUGCUGAGGCUGGUGCCGAUGAUGAAUCAGACACUUCUAGCCUGGGCAGCUGUUCAGACGCAAUCUCGAUAUCAUCAAACUCCGAUGACGACGACACAGUGCGACCUGCAUCCACUAUCUCCGACGCAGGUACAACGAUUCAAGUUCAUUCAGGCGAUCUUCCUGGUAUACAUCCCGAGACUGACUACGAGGACAUUGACGUCACGCAACCUGCUCUUGAUGAUGCUAUCGACUGCGACUUGCAUGCUGAUGCUUCCGAUGAAGAAUUAGAUGAAGACGAUGGCAUUGACGAAGAUCACCUCGAUUCAUACAAACUUGGUCAAGUCUUUGCGUCUUCCGGCUUGAAACGAAGUGCGACCUCGACUCAGGAUGGCUUCAAGAGCAUAAGUCAAUCUUUACCUCAAGAGAUCGACUGGGCACUCUUCGAACUCGUGCCACCAAGAGUUCAUCCCUUCAACAUCAUCAAAGGGGGCUCCAAGUACGAUGGCUCCAGCAACUCACGAGGCGAUUCCUACCCUGUCGAUAUCCGAGAGAGCUCACAGCUCGCUUGUGCUAAGGUGCACUGUCUUGGUCGCACAAGCGGUCUUGCGUCCGGGGUCAUCUCAAGUACCAUGGAGCUCGUGAAGAUCCACGGUCGCUCCACUUUCUCCGCGAGCUGGACCGUAGACGGUGGAUUCGGUGCCGGAGGCGACUCAGGAGCGUGGGUGAUCAGUAACGAUGAUGGCAGAGUCUGUGGACACGUCCUCGCGUCCAAGACCGGCAGGACAUACAUCUGUCCCAUGGAACUCUUGCUCGAAGACAUCAGACGCACAUUGAAAGUCGAAUCUGUAAGCUUGCCGAACAUGGCUGCUGCAGAAGUCGGAAGAGCGAGCACAAGACGAGCCGACAAAGUCAUGGCAGCAGCCAUUGAGAAUAUGAGAAUCGCGGAGAGUGAUCUGGGCGGUGUACCCUUGCCGGCAAGCCCUCCGCGCUCUCAGUAUCUGACAAUGCUACGUAAAGCCAGGUCGUAA